AUGUCACAAUUCUGGAUCGGACUAAACGAGAAUAUCCUAACUUUUCAUGGAUUUCAGGAUCGACGUAAUUUCGUGAGAGCACCACCACCAGGAGUAGAAUUUGCUUGGGACUUCGAGGCGGUUNAGCCAAUGGCACAGGCCACCCUCGCUCUUGAUCCGAAUCUUGAGGCCAUGAGGUUCGAGCUUGUCCCGAAAAUUAUAUCCGAGGAGAACUUCUGGCGCAACUACUUCUACCGGGUGUCCUUGCUGCGUCAGGGAUACGAGUUGAACGCGAUGGCCAGCAGCCAGCAGCAGGCGGAAAGCAAUUCCAAUCAAACUCUCGCCACCUCCGACAGCAUCGAUCACACUCAAGUUCAAAUGACCACUGGCCAGACAACUACCCCGGGUGCCACGACGACGGACAAUAACAGCACGCUGGCCGAUUCGCCAGGUCACGAGUUCGUGUCCGAUACCAUGAGGGUCUCGGACACAGACCUCGAGGAGGUCCGAGAGGGGAUGAGAAAGCUGGGGAUGCAACCGCCGAAAGAAGAAGAUUGGGAACGUGAAUUGGAGGCUGAGCUAAAGGAUUACGAGGUUGUAACGGGCGGAGGCGGCAGCCACGAGAAGAACAGCGGCAGCAGCAUGGCCACGAAAGAUGUCACGAUGAACGAUAAUGAUUGGGAGAAGCACAUCGACGAGCUGCUUGCCAACGAGGACGACGAGGAUCUCAAGUGAGCCGAGGAAGAGAUCCUCCUCGUGACCGGAUAAAUGGGAUCUCUUCACAUUAAUAUCACCAGCGAGAUCGGCGAGCUCGCGUUAGAAACAUUCUCUCUGAUCGAGAGAAGCUCGCGGAUUUGUUUUUGUACGUGUUUAUUACAUUUAUUACUCUUUCGUCGAUCUCUCCCACCUCGACACACAAGGAGAAAAAGCGAAAGACGAAGCGAUGCUCGAGAUGAAGCGAAUCAUCGAUCAACUUUAUCUCUUCUAUGAGAGAUCGAUACGGCGAUGGAUUAAGGAUGUACGAUGUGCAUUAAUUUUGCGAGAUGAAAUAUCAUAAUGCGGUUUUCUGAGAAAAGGAAAUCCAUUUCGGUCAGCGAUUCAACGUGUGAGAGAGAAAAAAAAUUGAUGUGACAUUCCGCUACAAAAUUCUUUUCGUUAUAGAUUCCAGAUUUUUUCUUUUUUUUUUUUUUUUUUUUUUUUUUUUUCAUUUGUUACGCGGAGUUUGCGUGCUAUUCAAGAGGAUAAUAAAUGUUUGAUCGCCGUUGUAUUGACACGAGAUUUUCUUUUUUCGCUGGUUUUUCCUUUACAUCGAGAAGAUAUAAAGCUGCAUUUCGUUAGCUUCCUUUAUUUCCAGUCGUCCCGCGUCAACUUUGAAAGACUGGAAGACCUCCUUUCGUCGAGUUACAAAGAACCGCUUCGAAAAGGAUUCCUCUUCUCAUUUCGAUCCAUCGCCGAUCCAUCUCCUGAGAGAAGGAAAUGCGAAUUUAAAAGACGACGCAUGAUUCUUUGAGGAUCGGCUUGUGUCCUCGGGAAACGAGGAGCAGAACAAGACGAAAGAACCAAAGGCGUAAGGAUAUGGACUGGAAAUCGCCAAAAGUGGCGGUGCAAAAAAGUGGAAAUUGUAUUAUAAAGAGCAAAAGUGGGAGUGAGAGAGAGAGAGAGAUAGAAAUGUUGUCUCUUUAUUGUUUCUCUUGUUUUUUUUUCCUGUUUUUCCAAAACGAUUUCUUUGCGAUCCACGAGCACAAUGAACACGAUAAACACGAUGACCGCCGUUUCGUAGCUCGAGGUAAGAGAAAAAAAAAGAAAACAAAGAUUAAUCGUAUAUUCAUGCGAUUAUAUUUUCUUAUGAUUGUGAAAACAUUCUUGCUUCUGGCCUCGAGUUACAAAACGAUGAUUCGCGCUGAAGGGUACGUGAAUUAACCAACAUCACAUACAGACUUGUGUCAAUUAUUGGACGGUCUUGUCCGAGAAUAUAACGUUGAAUAUAACAAUAAAACAUCGUUUUCAAAAUUAUGUGAUUUUAUAUAUAUAUAAAUUAAUUAAUUUGAAUACGUACCCGGAAACACGCAUGGGUCGACCGCGCGCUCUUCAUCGUGGCCGCAGGAUCGACGAUUCUCUUCAAAAUAAAUUAAUAAUUCAAAAUAAAUUGUACACUGCCGUGUGCCGAAGGACACAGGUUUCGAGUGCGGUUCGACGAUUACUGCGAUCGGCGGCGCACUUUUUGCUACAAAAUAAUUCUGGAAGCUAUUUGUCAUAAUCUUCUUUUAAUAUAACAGAAAAAAAGACUUUUUCUUCUUCAGAAGAAGAAGAAAAGGUUUUCUUCUCUUCUUUAAAAAAGGAAGAAGUUUUUUUCUCUUCUUUAGAAGAAGUUUUUUUCUCUUCUUGUUUUCUUCAGAAGAAGAAGAAAAUAAAAAAUCCGCUUUUGCAAAAUAAAAAAUAAAAAUGCGUAAACAUAAAUGCGCCACCGAUGAUCGUCGUUCUUUCUUUCCAAUCCCAGCGCUGAACAUUUGUCAUUAUUGAUUGUCAACAAUUAUUUCGAUCGCGAAGUGUAACGUCAUUCCACGUAGGAGCAUGCCAAAGAUAAUGCGAGAACCGCUUCGGCUCGACGAAUGACAUUUUUUAUCUGACUUGUGGCUAAAAAAAACGAGAAAGGCACUAGAUUUAGCGAUAUAAGCGUUUUGCGUGUAUGUUUCUGAUGAAAUAUGUAUGUGACGAUGAUGAUGAUGUUGAGAGAAGAAUGUCUUUAAUUUGUCAAUUGUAGGAAUGUUACGUUGUUUAUAUUGUGUCAAAGUUAAAUGUAAGAACGAGACGUAUUCGCGUUGUCUGUACGGACGAAAUAUCGUAAGAAUAAAUCUUAUUGCGUUCGCAUAUAAUUAUAUAUAUAUAUAUUGCAAUAUAUUAUUCAUAAUCGUAAAUUAAAAGCGACGGAAAUGAAAUUUUUCAUAUCAAUUAUGUAUCCCAGAGUCGACUGACAUUUCGAUGCGAUUAUUCGCUGCGCGACAUACCGUCCAAUCGUCCUCUGCCAUAGAAGAGAUAGGAAGAAGAAACAGCUGAUUCGUAGACGGAGAGAGACUUUUUGCGACAGUAAAAUAUCGCGUUUCAUAAAAAGGCUACGGUUUUACUAAAUAUAAUUUCGUCUAAUUAAUUAAUUAGAUAUUAUAGAUCCAUCUAUAUUCUAUAGUAUAGAUUUAUCUCUAUAAUAUCUAAAUUAGAUAUUAAUUUAGAUAUUAUAUAAUAAUAUAUAUAGCGCAAAUUUUAGAGAUAGAUGCGAUACUAAGCUUUAUCCUGGAUAUCUUCUCCGUGCAGACAAACAGAUCUCGGACAGCAAGAGAGAAAUUUAUUACGUGUGCAAAUGCAGCCAUGGCAAAGUACUGUAAGAUACUCGAAGCUCACGAUUGUUGUCGUAAUGUCAAUGACACGUGAAUGUGAUAAGAUGAAGGACGCGCGGAAAGGAUAACAAACGUCAGAUCAAAGCGAACGAUCAGAGUAAAAGGCUAAAUUUAUGGUGGGACUCGGAAGAGAAUAUAUAUUAGACUUUCUAGUGAGUUUAAUUUUAGUACACAUUUUAUCGCGUGGAAUAUCACUGUAUCUUAAAUGAAACCAUUUGUAGCAUAUAAACAAAUAAAUAAAAACAAAUGCCGCUUAUUAUUACUAUUAUUUCAUAUGUAAUAGUUAAAAAAACUCAUCCACAUUUUAACGUUAGAUCUUUAUUCGUUUUUUUUAUUUUAUUUAUUUAUUUAUUAAGUAGGAAUAGCAGAGAAAGUAAAAUUUCGCUAUUUUAUCAAAAAUUUAUUGUUUAUCUAAUUUAUGAAAUUGUUAUUAUGAUAAAUGGGAUAUUCUCUUGCUAUGAUCUCUUUAUAUCACUGUUUCUCUAUUAAGUAAAUUAUAUUAAAUAAAACGAUUAUUUUGAAAAGUACACGAGAUAACAUUAAUCGUAAAAAUUUAUUUUAUUAAUGAAAAUUUGAAAACGUCAUUACUUGAAUAUCCCACACGCGCCAAUUUAAAGGUUAAUUAAUUAAUAUUAUAAUUUUAAUUAUAAUAUAAUAUAAUUUAUUAUAAUUUAAUUAUAAUAUUAAUUAUAAUUUUUAACUAUUUUUAUAUAAUUUCAUUGCUCUCAUCAAUUGUGUCCGUAAAAUAAUUUUAAAUAUUCUGUUGAAUAAAAACAAUCCUGUAUCUUUAUCGUACAUUUAGCGUUGAGUAGAAGCGGGUGAAGAUUUUAUUACAAAGAUAACUGAUUGAAUAUGGAUUAAAUUACUAUUUUUAUCUAAAAUUAAUAUUUUAUCGCUAAAUGUAUGCUAAAAAAGAUAAGAAUAUUUUUAUAAAUUUUUUUUUUAAGCACACGAUUUUCCCACCAUAAAUUCUGCAAAAAAAAUGAAACUGUCCGCUCGCGCUCUUAAAAACACCGUUUCACAUCGAACGUGUUCAUCUUUCCCCGAGCAAGCUCGUUAUAAAGAUGUAAAGUUUCCAUUUGCGUUAGUCUCGAUAGUCGGGCAGAUAAGACUUGUAAGAUAUACCCUUUAGUCGGAGGCGCAAUUCACACCCAGGCCUAAGUCUGUCGAAGUAAUGCAAAAAAAAGGCGAUAAUCGCAAAAAAAUUUCUCCGCUCUUCGUUAUUUAUGCGCGGCUCGAGUCGAGAGUAGUUCCUCCGCAUUCUUCAUUCGAAUCCCGAACCUUUCGAACUGUGUAUAAAUAUAAAAAUAUCACGAAAGAAGAGUACUUUCCCUUCUCUCUCUCUCUCUCUCUCUCUCGCCUAAGAAUAAAAAAAAAGAACAGCACUCUAAAUUUCCAUGCGCAAGAACGUCGUUUUAUUUUCUGCGAAAGCGACAAAAGGUAAACGCGAAAUGGCUAGAAAUAUCGUGGUGUACUUCGGCAGAAUAACAAAGCGAACUCUGUGAAUUAAUUGUGUAAUAAAGCUAUCCUACGGUAUUGUGUGUGUGUGCAUUCACACUCGUGAACAAAAAGAAAAUGAACAUACAUGCGAUAUUUAAUAUAUACAUAUAUAUGUAUACACGUAUACAUAUGGAUAAAUAUAUAUAUAUAUGUUGUUGACUCCAUUGAAAGUAUGAUAAUAUAUUAUGGAUAUAUUAUAAUGAGAAUAUAUAUAUAUAUAUACAUAUAUAUAUAUAUAAUGACACAAGCAUUAAGAUGAAAUUAUUGAGGAAAUUAUUAAUGUAAUGGGAAAAUGUAACAAUAAAAGUCGUACGAAAUGAAAUAAAAUGAAAUAUUACCUCUUA